UCUAUACCAAAUAUACUAAUUAAUAAUUAUCUUAAAUAAAAUAAAGUAUACUUCAUUCAAUAUUACUAAAAAAUGUAUAAUCCCCUUGCUCCUAACUAAAAUGGUAAUGACUCCUACUAAUUCUUAAUGAUGAGUGGGUUCCAAAAAUUCUAAAACCUUCCUGGUGUUUUCCUUAAAGAAGACUUACAACCUCUUGAAGUCAUUUGUGGUAUUAACAUGCCCUGUAAUUUUUAAGUUUUCCCAGCUGAUGUAUAUGGCAAUCAAGCAGGUGAAAUUCCCUUAUUCUAAAGUAAAGAACAUUCUGAGUGUUGUUAAAGAGUUUGCUUGCCAGCUAGUUGCAGAUCAUAUGAUAUUCAAGUUAAUAGCUAUAAUAGUGGUCCAUUCCUAUAAAUGCAUAGAAGCUUCAGAUGUACUUGCCUUUGUUGUAAUAGACCUGAAGUUGAAGUAAAUGUUGUUGACAACGGUUAAAAUUUAUAUGCAGGUAAAGUUGUAAAUCCUUUUUACUGUUGUGAUUUAGGUGUUCACGUUUAUGACAGAGCUCAUAACCUGAAAUUUAUUGUUGAAGGCUCAUGCUGUUAAUGUGGUGUUUUAUGUCGUCCAUGGCCUUGUGAAUCAUGCCAAACUGUUUACUUUGAUGUUAAAAGUCCUGAUGGCACUGUCUUAUCAAAUCUCAUCAAGAGAAGUCCAGGAUGCCUUAAAGCUUGCAUUACUAAUUUAGAUAACUUCUCAGUUGUCUUCCCACCUAAUGCCUCAGUGGAAGACAAAGCUUUACUUACUGCUACAGCUCUUUUAAUAAACUACUCUUAUUUCGAAGAAACUCCUUAACAAAAAAAUUAAUAAAAUGGUUAUUGA